GCAGGCAUGUAAGUGGGAACAGGUGUGGUGGCUAGUGGCUAAAGGGGUUGGUGGAUGAAUGGCUGGAGGGAGAAGUGCACAGACUGUGAGUGGAUCAGGGGCUGGGUGUUGGGAGUGGAGAAAUCUGGAGAGUUGAAGCAUGGAAUGAGUGUAGACAGGGGCAAUAAACAAACCAUCUCUUGUAGUUCUCCAGGCGUUCUGUGCAGCGGGGCUGUUAUUAGCAGCCCAGUUUCAUAGCUAGGGCCCAGCGAGGGGAAGUGAUUCCUAAGCUCAGCUCCAAGCUCCCCAGCCGCACCAUGGCAUCACCUUUAUUCUUGUCGCGGGGAGCCCUGCCCCGCUUGGCUUACACCAGGCUGGCCGGUCGCAGCCCCGGCAUCGUCUUCCUCUUGGGGUUCAAGGACACCAGAGCUAACCCCAAGUGCCUGGCCCUAGAGCAGUUCUGCCAGGAGUCGGGACGGGCUUUCCUGAGCUUCGACUACACGGGCUGCGGCAGCUCGGACGGGUGUUUUGAGGACUGUUUGAUCGGCCACUGGAAAAACGACGUCCUAACAGUGCUGGAUGAACUCACCAGCGGGCCACAGAUCCUUGUUGGGGCCAGCAUGGGAGGCUGGCUCAUGCUCUUAGCAGCCCUGGAGCGGCCAGGGAGGGUGGCUGGGCUGGUGGCCACAGGAAUCGGGGCUGAUGCCUUCAUAACCCUGUACAGAGAGCUCCCUCCGGAGGUGAAGAGCGAAAUGGAGCAGACAGGAGUCUUUAACUACGAGAUGGCUGGGUCUGGGUCUGUGCUAAUUAAGCGGGAGUUCUUUGCGGAGAUGGAGGAGCACAGUCUGCUGGGGCGCCCAUCCAUCCCCAUCACCUGCCCUGUCCGGCUCCUCCAUGGCAUGCAGGACCAGUUGAUACCAUGGGGCAGGGCCGUGCAGGUGGCUGAGCAGCUGGAGAGCCAGGAUGUCCGCAUCACGCUGUUCAAGGCCGGGCAGCACGGACUGAAGGGAGCGGAGGAGCUGAGGGUGCUCGUGGGGACGGUCAGGGACCUUGCUGAGAGCUUGCAGAGAGAGCCAGGGCUCGGAGAGAGAGUGGAAGCAGCUGUGGGAACAGAGCCCGCUGAUGGGGCAGCGGUGACCAGACAAGGAGCCCCUUCUGGGCCCAGAUGCGAGGCCAGGGAGCAGGGCCAUGCUGAACCUAGCCCUGUCUAAUCAGUUAAUGAAGAGAGUGUGUAGUGCUGGGCCCCCACUGCCCAUGGCACCCCAAAGGCCCAAGCCAACCCCCUUAGCACCAGGAGGUGCUCAGAUCCUUGGCUUGCUAAUGAGCUCCCUGCAGGGGGUGAGGUGACUGCGCCCAGCUUGUAGGGCUGUGAGAGUCUGCUACUGUCCAGUGAAUCUGGAAAGCGGCUCCUGGAAGGAUCCGUGGCCACAGGGAUCAAACGUGGGUCUCUGGGCCUCAAACAGAAAAAUGGCUCAACACCCUACCCUCCCCCAUCACAAACACCUGAGAAAACCCCAAAAGGGCUCAGGUUUUUGAGAAAAACUUUAAACUUUCCUGAAGAAAUGGUCAGUGGUGCUGCGCUGUUCGGGCCCGAAGCAUCCCCGGCUCGGUUUGUCAGCUGGCAGCUGUGGUGGCCCUAGGGCACUCCCUGGGGCAGAGCCGCACUGGGGUCACAGCAGGGUUUGCACAGCUGUCACUGGUCCCAUUCAGGAAAUAAAUCAGUUCCCCCAAUUGUUUCUCUGCUCUUGCCCUCCUGGCCUGGCGCGAACAGGUUCAGGGAAGGGGGUUGGACAUUCAGCUGUCCCCCCUGGAGUUCCCAGCGCUGUUCCACGGCCCACUGCCUGUGGGGGGGGGCUGCCAUGCAGGGUGUUGCCUGAAGCACUCUCGCUGAGGGGGCCAGGCGAGGAGAGGCCUGGCAGGUGCCCAUGCUUUGGGCUCCAUCAAGGCUAGAUGAAAGGGAACAAAACAGGCCCCCUGGGUCAGGGUUGGCUUUGCUCUGAGCCUGCCGGGCCAGGCUGGCUUUGUGCCCAUGGGUUGGGCGUUUCCCUAUGCAGUGGCUGCUGCUAUGGCAGGUGGGGGUGAUAUUUUUACUGGUACAACAUCUCCCAUGGUGCUGUAGCCCCCACAGAAACUGCUAUGCCAGUCGGCGGCAGCCCUCCCCUGCGAGAACUGGGGCUGGAACUAGACUGCUGCGGUUAAAAUCUCCAACUUUGGUGUAGCCAGGCCCAUGGGCGUGGACUGCAGCCAGUCGCUGCUUGAUGUCCUGGGGCGGGGACAGACGGUGGGGUUAGCGCAUGCACAGGCUGCUGCAGCCAGGGGAACGCUUGGCUUUGUCUCCUGGGGAGAGCUGAUACAGGGGCUUCCCUUCCCCUGAACUAUGGUGCCCCCCCACCCAAGGGCCUGUUCCUUUCAGGGGGGCAGGGAGAAAGGGCUCCCCCAAACCCUAGCAAGGGGCAGAACUCUCCCUACUUCCCCUUCACUCCCAUACCCUGCAGCCACUCCUAGCAGAAGGCGCACUGUCACGCGGCUGGGCUGGACCUGGGUCGCUCUAGGCCUUGCUGUCUCGUGCCCCUGUCAGGGGGAGGUUUCAGCACAGGGGGUAACUGUGUGCUGAUUGCUCCAUGGAAGUUGGGUCCAUUGCAGAUUGAAGGGGAAGGGGUCAGCAGCAGAUCUGACAGUGCUAGACCUGCAGCUGAGUCCCUAAUGGGGGUACCUGGGGCCCUGCCUUCCUGGAGUGAGGAGGCAGGAGACUCGUGGAUAAAGUGCAGAUCAACUUUUUUAUUGUUUAAUUCUCUUCAUUUGACGGCCAAACCGUUCUUAGAAAACACGGUGCAACUUGGUUUAGUAACAGUGUAUCUGGAAAGUCAAAAUAUCCUUGAAAAUAUUGUCAAUGCAUUCAAGAAACCAGAAAACUAUGGACAUUCCAGCGACAUGACCCUUCUUCUGGAGCAGGAAGAGGGUGUCUUUCCCUGCAAUGACUGAUAAAGCACCAUUCUUGGCCUUUCGUUGUGUAACCAAGGCAUCCCUGGGCCUUGCACCACAGAACCAUCACUGAUAUGUUAUGUGGCCAGAACAAAGAGAACAGAGUCCUGGAGUGGAGUCCAAAUUUGAGCCUAAACCUAAACAAUUCUAAGAUUAGAAUACAAGCUCAAACUUGCAAUGUAAACAGCCAGUAGGCUACCAGAGAAAGUUGCUUAAUGACAACCUCAACACAGAUGUGUGUUUUGACACCCCACCUUCAGUACACGUUAGCCAGAGGGAGCCCAAGACCACACAAGUCCUUAGCAGUGGGAGGAACCAGACACAGUUAGACUGGACACACAUUCCUCCCCCCGCCCCCC